AUGGCGGCUAUAAUACCAGCUGUAACUCGAUUAUCCAACAGAAUAAUAAGGAUUCUUGGUUGCAAUCCUGGACCAAUGACUCUACAGGGUACCAAUACCUAUUUAAUUGGAACUGGAAGAAAUCGUAUUCUAGUUGAUACUGGUGACAAAGAUAUAACCGAUUAUCAGAAAAAUUUAACUGAAGUUGUUAAGGCUGAACAUGCAAAUAUUGAGCACAUAAUUGUUACACAUUGGCAUCAUGAUCACAUUGGUGGUGUGGAAAACUUAUAUGGAACUAUUGCAAAAAAUCCAAAAAUAUGGAAACACAAACGAGAUAUAAAUGAUGGUCCCAAUAGUGAGUUACCGAAAACAAUGCCCUUAAGCUGGUUGUCUGAUGGGCAAGAAAUCAAAGUAGAAGGUGCUACACUAAGAAUCCAUCACACUCCUGGCCACACUACUGAUCACGUUGUCCUUACAUUAUUAGAAGAGAAUAUUCUCUUUAGUGGUGACUGUAUAUUGGGUGAGGGAACUGCGGUGUUUGAAGAUUUGUAUACAUAUAUGCAAAGCUUACAAAAAAUAUUAGAUUUGAAACCUGAUGUAAUUUAUCCUGGACAUGGUAAUAUAGUUGAGGAUCCCAUAGAAAAGAUACAAUACUAUAUUGCUCACAGAAAUCAAAGAGAGUCUCAAAUACUUGAAGCAUUAAAGGAAAAUAUGGAAAAACAGUUAAAUGAAAUGGAUUUGGUAAAAAUAAUAUAUAUUGAUACUCCAGAACAGUUGUGGCCGGCAGCUGCGUACAAUGUGAAUCAUCAUUUAACGAAGUUAACAAAAGAAAAUAAAAUUAAAUAUAUCAGUGUUGACGGAGAGAAUAAAUGGCAAUAUAUUGUAUCCAAAAGUAGUUUA